GUCGGCUGCGGCUCGCUCGCACGAAUCGAACUGUCAAAUCAAUAAAUUAAAUUUUGCCUGUCUAGAGUGAAUGUUUGUUUAUUUUUAAAAUUACAGUUAGUUUAAUAACUUAUUUGUUUUCCUUUCGUCGUUGUUGCUUGUAAAUAAGCUAGAAAUGAAGAAUGAUUCGUACUCCACAUCGUUAGAUGAUGUAACAUUAAAGUAUGCUGCUGAAGUGUUAAAAGAUGAUUUUUCUACGAGAGAAACUCAUAUUAAUGAAAUUAGAGAAUGGUUAAACACUCAGCCCCAGCUCCAUGGUAAAACAGAUGGUGUUACAAUAGUCCGGUUUUUAAGAGGAUGUAAAUUUGACAUUGAAAAAACAAAGAAAAAGUUAAAAUCAUAUUACCAGCUGAGAGGUUCAACCCCUGAAUGGUUCUCAGACAGAGAUCCUACAUUGCCUGCUCUACAGGAGUUACUUAGCCUAGGAGUUUUCCUUCCUCUUUUGAAGAAGGACCCUGCAGGACGACUGGUGAUCAUUAUCCGUGUUGCUGCUCAUGAUCCCAGUCAUCACAAGCAGGAUGAUGUCUUCAAGGUUGGAAAGAUGAUCCUGGACUUGGCUAUAGAGCAGGACGAGAGUGUGUCUGUGUACGGUGUCUGCGCUAUAUUUGAUCUCACCUCAGUAUCCUUGGGACAUGCCAGACAACUCACUCCAGCCAUGAUAAAGAGAGCUGUUCAUGCUUGGCAGGACUGUUACCCUGUUCGCACUAAGAGUUUGGACUUCAUCAAUUCACCAUCAUAUGUUAAUGUGAUUCUCAGAAUAUUUAAAGGUUUCAUGCGGGAAAAGAUGAGAAACAGAGUACAUGUACAUGGGUAUGACCUGCAGUCUCUACAUCAAGUGGUCCCUCCCAGCGUCCUGCCCCAGGAGUAUGGAGGGUCUAGCGGUACUGUACAGGAUCUCAUUGAUCAUUGGAAAGUGAAACUGACAGAGAGUAAGGAUUGGUUUGCAGACGAUGAGAAAUACAAAGCAGAACCCUCCAGCUGAUAGUUUAUCAGCUGUUCCCACCUUACAAAGUAGUUACAACUUGAAGCAACGAGAUCUCUUGGUUACCUGGUCGAUGAUAGUAAGAUUUUAUAUGCUUUGUUUUAAUGGCUUGUUGUAGUGUAUAGCCAUUUCAUAACAGACAAUUAAUUAAUGAUGCUCCUUAGAUAGAAAGAUGAAGGGAUGCAGCUUUAUAAAUUAUAACUAUAGUAACUUAAUCUUCAACAAUUUAUAAAUAUAAAUUUGGUCAUGCAUUAUGUUUCCUUUAAAGUUAUUUUAAUAGUAGUUUUUGCAAUAUGUAUUUAUUCCUUAUCCAGCAAAAAUGUGUAAACAAUUUUGAAUUAAAUUAUUUUUUAUAUGAUCUUUAAAUAGGAAGUAUAGGCCUAUAUUUAUAUGUAAAACAAUUUGAUAACAUUUUAUAGGAAAUAUUCUAGUACCUUUUGACCAUUAGCUAUUUUGUAUAAGAAAUAUGCUACCUCUGCAAAAAGAGUAAUGUAAAAAAAAGUUGAAUAACCUCAAUAAAUGGGCACUUUUGGACUUUCUUAUUAUGAUGCAAACGGAUCUGUUGCUGAAGGUCUAAAUCCCGGAAGGUCUAAUUAGACCUUCGGCACACAUUUUGCAUUUGGUACUUGUUGCUGAGGGUCUUAACGGGCAGAAUCCCAGGAGGUCUAAAAGUACAGUCAAUGCAGAAAACUCAUCGACUGAUACUGUUUUAGACCUUGGGCUAGCAACCUAUAUUUUGCAAAUAAUGUUUAUAAAAUGAGAGUUGCUAAAGGUCUAAGUCCUAGAAGGUCUAAACAUAAAAUGAGAGUUGCUGAAGGUGUAAAAAUGUGAGUCCCGGAAGGUCUAAAAAUGCGGACAUUGUGUCGCAAUGCUUAACUACGACCAUUUUUUAAACUAGCAGUUCCAACCCAGUUAUUGGAGUUGAAAAGAUUCGCUUAACAGCUUUUUUUACUUACUUAAUAUCUAGAAUCGAUAUUUUAAUCAACAACACAAGUAACAUACCAAUGAGGUUCAAGGAAUGAUAGAAAAGACGUACAGUUAAUUAUAAUGCUUUGAACGUCACCUAAGCUGUUCAGACCAAUUCAUUUCUUGAUCAGUCUACUUGGAGUCCUCCAGCAUAAUGAUCCAUCGAUUAGAUAAUUUUUUGUGCUCUGGCAUCUCCCUGUAAAUCCAAAAAAAAUCUGCAGUUAUGGUUUUUCAUUAAGGGGGCAACUCGGGUCUUUCGAUCGUUGAUGGUACAGGGGCAGCGUAUUGAAGUUGUGAAUGAAUAUACUUACCUUGAUAUCCUUUUAACUCCUUUAUUAUCAUGGAAAAACAUUUCAAAGCAAAAUAGAAAGUAUAGAAGUUAGCUAUUGAUUUACUGUGGGAAAAUCUCAUAAAUGGCAUUCAAUUCCCACUCAGUGCCAAGCAGUUGUGUUUAAACUCAGUCUUACGAUCAAUUAAUCAUUAUGCGCAAGUGUGGGGUUUCAUUGAUAGUGAUACAGUAGAGUCUGUUUAACAAAUUUUUUUAAAGAUAUUAUUUAGAAUUUCCAAAAAACAUACCAAAAUAUUUAAUUUACUAAGAAUCAUUAACAAAUAAAAUUUCCUUUAUUCAAGCGAGUUACACCUGAACUAGGCCUAUAUCUAUUAACUGUUUUGUCAAUGUCUGAAGGUUGUUUACCAUUUAAAUUAUAAAAACUAAUAAUAAACAAGAAUAUUUACUAGUGUAAACAUUGGAAUCGUCUGGGAAACAAGCAUGGCAGGGAAAUAAAUUUCAACGUAGACGAGGUUGGCAUCCCAUUGUUACAGUUGAGGUUUACUUUAAUUAAUUUAAUUAUUAAUAUUUGUUUGGUUUUAUUUAAAGUGCUAACCAGGUGCGCCAGCCGCAACAGAUGGUCUCCAUGAUCAUUUUUCUAUGCUGUGCUAGUAUAAUGAAUUGUACACUUAAUUUUUAAAUAAAAGCACUUUUAAUUUCAUUUUUUUAAUUAUAUAUACAUUUAUAGGUGGUUUUUUCUAUGCUUUUUUGUUUAGAGUAAGUUUUUGUAUACAGUAUUUAUAAGCUAAUACUAUAUAUUGAACAAUUUGUAUAUAAAUAUAAAUGGAGAUUAUUUUAAUUUUAAUAUCUCCAUUGUACUCGUAAUAACAAGCUAACAAAAUAAUAGACGUGAGAGUUACUAAAACUAUCACUGAGAAUAAUUACAACUCUACAAGUUGUUGCGUUAUUGACUGUGUGUAUAGCCUUCAACUCUGGCAACGCAAUGUCUGCAUUUUUAGACCUUCCGGGACUUAGACCUUCAGCAACUCUCAUUUUAUAAACAUUUAUUUACAAAAUAUAGGUUGUGUGCCCAAGGUCUAAAUCCCGCAAGGUCUAAAACAGUAUCAGUGGAUGAGUUUUCUGCAUUGACUGUACUCUUAGACCAGACCUUCCGGGAUUUAGUCCUUCGGCAUACUGCCCGUUUAGACCCUCAGCAACAAGUACUAAAUGCAAAAUGUGUACCGAGGGUCUAAUUAGACCUUCCGGUGUUUAGACCUUCAGCAACACUCCCAUGCAAACACAUAUGCAUGUUAAUCGCGUAAGUCGUAACGCCAGACACUAGCAUACCCUUGUUUUGAUUUUAACUAUUGUGUGUUUAUUUUUUCACUGUGAAUAUUGUUGCUGCCUGGUUUUAUUGCUACCUUUUGUUUUACAACAAACAUUUUAAGCGUUUUAUCUUCUGCAAAAACUUUUCAGUUCCUGCCUAGUUUUUACCACUUGUUCGUUGUAGCAUUAAUAUUUCAUCAAAAUACUAAUAGGAAAUAGGUUAUGUUCCUAAGUUCAGGCUAUUUCUAAGAAUCGCAAGAAUAAUGGUUUUUUAUGUCCCACCUUCACAUCAUAGGACAUACACUCUAGCCCGGAACUGAUAAACAAAUUACUUCAGACUUGGCCUAGAGGGUUGUGGCAUUGUCACUUAGAUAUGUAUAUUGGUGAUUGGCGGGACUGAAGCCCCACACUCUACAACUAGACCGGUUUGCUUUCCAUUGCAAGAAUGAUUUGAAUGAUUGAUUAUUACAAUAUCAUAAGACUUUGCACUGAUAACUGCCCUAGUUCUGACCAUCCUAAACUAUUUACC